AUGGCGUCCUGUAAACCAUCAGCCACUCCUGUUGACACCAAGCAGAAACUCAACACCUCCUCCGACACUUCUUAUGAGGAUCCCUCCUUGUAUCGGAAUAUUGCAGGGGCCCUACAGUAUCUCACCUUCACUCGACCUGAUAUAUCAUAUGUUGUUCAACAAGUUUGUCUUCACAUGCACGCCCCUCGCACGAAACACAUGCUUGCUCUUAAGCGCAUUUUGCACUAUGUUCAGGGCACCUUACAUUUUGGACUACACUUAUCCCCAUCUCCCAUUACAAAGCUUAUCUCCUACACUGAUGCUGAUUGGGGUGGAUGUCCUGACACCAGACGUUCUACAUCUGGGUACUGUGUUUUUCUAGGUGACAUCCUUAUUUCUUGGUCUUCCAAAAGGCAGCCAACUCUCUCCCGUUCCAGUGUUGAAGCCGAAUAUAGGGGGUUGCCAAUGUUGUCUCCUGGAACUCCAUUUUCCUAUUCCUCAUGCCACUUUGGUGUAUUGUGA